GAACUGGAAUGCUCGAGAAAAAGAAAGAAAGCAAAGCAACUCACUGGACGGGACGGGACAGGACAUGGCAGCUAUAGGAGACGCCGAUCCAUUCGCCUCCAUCUUCUCUCAGAAGAACGCCAGGCCUCCCGACGACACCGUUUUCUACUCCAUCUUCCCUGACUUCUCACUCCUCUCCCAUUCCUCCCAAUCCUCAAACCCUACGGCCCCCGCCGACCUCUCUUCGCAACUCCAAUCCCUGCACCUCCAAAUCCUCAACUCCCUCUCCCCCUACACCUCCGACUACAUUUGGCAGCACGAGCCCUUCACUCUGUCUCUCUCCGCCGCCAACGCCGCCUGUCUCUGCGAUUCCCGCCGCACCCAGAGCAUCCCUCACCUCCACGGCAAGCUCCGGUUCGGCGACAACCUUGAAGACGAGUGGUUCGUCGUCUUCCUCCUCUUCGAAAUUUCUCGGCGGCUCCCUCAUCUCUCGGUCCGCGUCUGGGACACCGACGGCGAGUUCCUCCUCAUUGAGGCCGCCUUUCACCUCCCCCGUUGGCUCAACCCCGACACAUCCACCAACCGAGUCUUCGUUCGUCGGGGCGAGUUGCACAUCGUUGACAGGGACCAAUUCCCUGCGACCCCUACUCUGCAGGAGUCAUUGUUAUAUCUGAUGAAUUCCGGAGACCAAUCGAGAGCGUCUGAUUCCGUUCAGUCUGCUAUCGAAAAUCGUAUUCGGGAGUAUCCAGAGCGAGCGCGGGGGAAUAUGCACAGGGUUAGGGUUAGGGUUCCGAUAUCAGUGGCGCAGGUGUUGAAGCACGAGCCGUGUUUGAUUUCCUUGGCGGUGGAGGGAUUCUACGACCGCGAUAUCGACUCCAUGAAGCACGCGGCGAAGAUGGAAAGGUUUUUGAGUAAAGGGAGUGGGGAAGAGAUUGUUCGAGUGUCGUUGAGUAUGUCGAGAGCCAUGUAUGCGCAGUUGGCACAGCAAACUUUUCAGGCGCCCAAGUGUUAUCCCAUGCCGCCUAGGAGUGAGGGGGCGGUUUACGUGGAGGCAGAAUUAGGGAUGAAGAUUACGUGUGGGCUUGAAAUGAUGUAUCAGUCGCGGAGGCGUGAGGGGUUGGAAGGGAAGGGGAAUACAUGGGAGGCGUUCAGGGAGAGUUUGGAGAGGAGUGGGUUCUUUGAGGGGUUACUUCCGGGUUCAAAGGAGCAUCGUCGGCUGAUGGAGAAUGCGCUAGAGUAUUACAGAAAAAGUUCUUUGUUUUCUAGAGCCAGUGAAAUGAUGAGUGCUCCGGUGAGACGAAUAGAUGAGAUUCUUGAUCUACCUUAUUCAGUUGACGAUUUUGUGGGUCAGGAGCUCCCUCCUUCAGAUGAUGAUUCAUGGCUCUACAAUGGGGAGGAUGAACUGAAUGCGGCCCUCAGAGAGAGAGAGAGGGAGAUGGAACUUUAUAAUUCAAAACAUAGAAAGCAGAAGUCAAAAGAGCAGCAGGACUCUGGACCCUUUUCUGGCAAAAACUUGGAUGAUUCUGGUCUUGGGGACAUUGCACAAUCCAUGCAAGCAUUCGUUCAUAAGAUGUCCAGCUAUAAGGGAGCAGAGGUUCCUGAAAAGAGAAGCCUGCAAGCUGUGGACCUUGAUGUGGACCGUUUUAUGAAGGAGGUGGAAUCAGUAAUGGGACAUCAUAGCUGGGAAGACACUGGCAAUGACGUGGAUCUUGAGGAAGGGUCCUCAUCUGACAUGCAUUUUGAUGAGUCUGAUGAUGGUGAUAUAGAGUCUUCUGAGGAAAAUGAGGGAGGGGAUACUUUCAUGCGUUCCUAUUCUGAUGCCCUGAAUGAGCAACUGAAGAAUACCACACUUGACAAAAGUUUUGUUCGUGCGCAAGAACAGUCUUCAAAGAAGGACGAGGGGACAUCAAAUGCAACGGAAGACAUGGAUGAGGAGUUCACUCCAGUGGACGUGGAUGUGAACCUUGUAAAGAGUUUUAUUGAUUCCUUUUCUUCUCAACAAGGGCUUCCUGGCCCUGCUUCCAAUUUGCUAGGCCUAAUGGGUCUGCACCUGCCAGAAGAUCCUAAAAAAGACAAGUGAAGUAUUCUGCUUUUGACAUAUCCUCAUGGUCUUGAUUGAGGAACCGCAGCAUUAUGUAGGUCCUUGCAUGGCAAAGAACGUGGAGGACAUCUUGUCAAGAGUGUCAUUUUGAUGCCUGGAGAAAGCAUGACCUUCCCUGCCUGAAUUGUUGAUCUCUUGCUUCCAAUGAUUAUCUUGACACCAUAAUUGUGCAAUGCGGGGGGCUUCAUUAAGUGGCCAUAAAAAACCCUCCAAAUGACACUGGGCUGGUUCGACGGGAACGCGAGUGAUAGCGUGUAAUUUAAAAAAAAAAAACCCUCCAAAUGGGAAUGUGCAUACCAUGUUAAUAGCAGACACGAACCAUUUUCCCUCAUAAAUAGAAAGGUUUAGUUUUCCUCUUGGUUUCUAAUGUACCCAAAACUCGGAAGAUGAAAAAGGAGGACGGCUGGCGUGGGCUUUGCCAAUUGUCAUUACAGAUUUAUUAAAAAAAAAACAAAGAAACUGUUUGCUAA